CAUGGUGCUAUGCCCACAACCGUUAAAGCCGAGCAUAAGCGCCACCCGCUCUGUGGCCAGGCCUCGCAUGGAGCCUUUGUUCGCGAUGGGUGAUUGCAGCACGCCGUCCUUCACCCACCCACCCACCCACCCAUUCAUUCAUCCAUCCAUCCAUGACCAAGCAUACCGGAUACGCUUACAGGGCGAAGGGAAAAAAAAGAGGGGGACUGCAAUCUGCCUUUCCCCCAUCAAGUAUGCUAGUGUCAAGGAUUCAUGGUGGCCCUUGUUUAGGAGAGAGUUGAUUUCUCCGGACUACGCCAGGGCGGUGCUGUUCUCCGACAUGCUUACCACAUCCGUGUCGUUGAAUUUGUUGAGAAGCUCGCCACCACCUUUCAAAUUUCUGCCAAAAUCACAUCCAAUCCGACUCGGAGCGCCCCGCAAUCGACCUACCGUGUACGGUUAUGCGGUAUAUUGCGUAAUUUUGGGCACACGCGCUGUCGUGAGCACUCCGACGACAACGACGACAACAACAACCUCACUCGUCCGCAGCAUGCCCGCCUUCGAACGCGGAGCACACCGAGGUCAAGCCUGA